AAAACGGUCUUGCAGAGAAUCCAGUCAGGUGCUAAAUGUUAUACGUGAAGUGUUGACUCAAAAAUCGGAGCUGCUUACGAAAUCUCACAAGAUUGACAAAAUCAGACAGUGAUAAUCGCGUUACACAGUGACUUUAUGCUUCUAGUGAACUGAUUUUGACUUUAUAAUAUGAGGUGAUACGACCCAGUGAAGUUUAUUUUCUGAGAACAUUUUGUUGAUACAGGAUGCCGCGGUGUACGUCCCUCUCACAUUACAGCCUUCCUGGAGAAACUCCACCCAGGUCUCCGUCUAGUCCAGCAAGCAGUCCCAUCGCAGGUAUCUCCUCUCGAAGCGUAAGUCCAUCGUCGCCCCGAUCUCCAAUAACUACGUCCAGACACAGCGCCUUCUCUUUAGUGUAUCCCAAAGAUUUGCAUAGGAAUAAGCAUUAUUUAACUGUUAAUGGAAUGAACGCCUUGAUGUAUGCCAAUUCUAUAAAUCCUCUAGUUACUAGUCCUUACCCUUCUUAUAUGUGGCAUCCGAUACCAGGGUUGUUCCUUCCUUACUCACCAGCUCACAGGCCGGAGUCAUUGAGUCCUGAUCGGACGACAGUUGUUGAUCAGGGAUUUACGGAAAAAAGUAGCAAGAAAGAUGAAGAUGCACCUCUUAACCUAUCUCUAAAAGGCCGAUCCAGAACCCACAACAUUUGGUCGCCUGGUAGCCUCUGUGAACAAGAAAUGAAAACCACGGAGAUUCGACCCGAUUCUAGCGUAUCUACGACCAUAAUGAGUCCUGUGAAAACGAUAGAAAAUCGGUGGAAAUGGGAUAACGAACGGGAUAUACACAAUCGAGUGCCAACGAUAGGACCUUCAGGAGAAAAACAGUUCACGUGUCAACAGUGUGGGAAAUCCUUCAAACGUUCAUCGACUCUUUCCACCCAUCUUCUUAUUCACUCUGAUACACGACCGUACCCUUGUCAGUACUGUGGAAAGAGGUUCCACCAGAAGUCUGACAUGAAGAAGCACACCUAUAUCCACACCGGCGAGAAGCCCCACAAGUGCGUCGUAUGUUCGAAAGCGUUCAGCCAAUCGUCUAACCUCAUCACGCACAUGCGCAAACACACCGGCUACAAGCCAUUUUCCUGCGGGCUGUGCGAAAAAGCGUUCCAGAGGAAAGUGGACCUGCGAAGGCAUCGAGAGUCACAGCAUCCCAGCGUUCCCGAAAGUAUUAUGUCGAUGUACAGACCCAGCGACAUCCGCAUGGAUGAUAUCAAGGCUGAAGUCACUAGUAGUAGUUAGAGGCCUGAGUUCAAACAAUUGUUUAGUUUAAUUCAAAGGUAUAAGGUUGGUAUUGGCAUGCUAUCGAAAUAACCACAAGACUAUUAUAAGAAUUAAACAGGUCAUCUCCUUCGUACUUUUGUUUUUAAGUUCUUUAUAUGCAUUUUAAAUAUUAAAUUCGUUAUAAUAGCCCUAUCAGGGAACGCAAAAUUUUACGAAAACCUCCAAAAAAAUAAAGAAAGGAUGAAAAUUUGGGAAUAGGUAGUUGAAAUUGUCUAUUAUUAUAUAAGAAAAUGUUUACAAUUCUACAUCCCCUCCAUUUUACAAAAAUUGGAAAAUACGAUGUGAAAUUUUUUUUCUCGGGGGUGAAAAAAUAUACGU